CUUAAAUAUUUCCAAGCUCUGUGCGCGGUCGUGACGUCACACGUUAGAGUUAACGCGCGAAGAUGCAAAACUGCUGUAGUUUUAAUAUGGCGGAACCAAAACAUGCAACGAAAACUACAAAAAAUCUUGGAAAGUAUUGCGUUGCUGGUGGCCCAAAUAAUGAAAGUUGCAAGAACAACUCGACCACUCCCGGGAUAUCAAUGCAUGAAUUUCCAAAACCUGGUAAUCAACUGCGAAAUCUAUGGAUAAAGUUUGUCAGGCGACAUAGAAUGGCACACUGGCAGCCUUCGCCUUACUCGUGCUUGUGUUCUUCACAUUUUGAACCACAAUGCUUUCAUCAGCGACUUGGUCUUGGAUUGGAAGUCAGCAGCAAUAUCACAACAAAACGACUAUUAUACAGAAGUUGUGCGAUUCCAACCAUUGACACCGUCGAACCGGACAGAACCCCGCAUCCAGUUUCACAACAGGAGCGCAGACAGGUGCGGUAUUAUAUUACAUAAUUUCAUAUGUAAAUUUAUUAUCAGAUUAGUUUUAAGAAAUUUUAUUGAAAUUUUUACUCUAACCACAGACUCUUCGUGAUGCCAGCUUCAUAUCUGCACAACAACAAAGUGAGCAUGCAAGCAUGCGAAGGAGAUAUUUCAGGAGUACAACUUGAAACGAGCAUGGAAGCCGAUACACAUACCUGUGAAAUUUCUCGUUCAGCAUGCGAAGAGUGUAACAAACAUAAACAACGAUAUAUCAGAUUGAAUGACAAAUACAGAAAAGCCAAAGGUGUGCAACAAAAGCUAAAAAGUAAGGUAGUUCAACUGGAAAAAGCUAACGAGCCUUGACGGAGGUAAAUAGUAUGUUUUGAUAAAGAAUUUACACUAUAUUUAAUAUGACAGAUGUAUAUGUUUACUUUACAUAUUUUAUGCUCAGGCUUCAGCAUUCUUUCUGCUCAAGUGGCAACCAAAUAUACCAUUUAACACUUUAUAAUUAUUCGGUAUAUAAUCUGUCAUGAAAUUUGAAAAUAUUGUAGUCACUUUAUACCUAUAGGUACAUA